GGCCUUUACUCAGGAAAAAAGGCAUUAUUGCCAUGGCUGAAGAACAGAAGGAAAAGGAACCCAGAACCCUCCAGGACAGGCUCAAAAAAGAGAUUGAUUUGGUGAACCGAGACCCAAGGCAUAUUAACGAAGAUGUGGUGAAGGUGGACUUUGAAGAUGUGAUAGCCGAGCCGGACGGCACCUACAGCUUUGAUGGAGUCUGGAAGGUCAGCUACACGACCUACACAGUCAGCAAGUACUGGUGCUACCGUGUGAUCAGCACCGUGCUGGGCUGCCCACUGGCCCUCUUCUGGGGCUGCAUCUUCGCCUUAAUCUCCUUCUUCCACAUCUGGACCGUGGUACCCUGCAUCAAGAGCUGCCUGAUUGAGAUGCAAUGCAUCAGCCGCGUCUUUUCCCUCUUCAUACACACCUUCUGCCAUCCUGUCUUUUCUGCCAUGGGCCAAAUGUGCAGCAACAUCAAACUGGCCUUCAGAAAGGAGAACUAGAUAAAGUUGGGGGAGGAGGGGAAAGAUGAGACCUGGGAGUUUGGUGAGAUGAGGUGGGAGGGAAGAGGGGAUAUAAAGUCACAGCUAGUUCCACAAUGACACUCCAUGGGGAUUUCUAUGUAUUUUUGUUUUAGAGACUUGUUGCUCUUUCUGAGAAAAAAAAUGUGUAGAGAAAGGAGGAAUGACAAAGACAUUUGGGCACACUGGUCCUCAUUCUGUCCCCGUCCCCCACGUAGGGGGCCUACAGCUAGGAUGAUGGCCAUUUGCUCAGAGGGCAGCUACUGUAUGAGUCUUGACUCAUUUGUACUGUAAUCUUAAAUCUUCACUGUAAUGGCAUGAAACCAACCUCUCAAUUCCCACCUGGGGUCAUUGUUUCUGGAAACCCUGGGAACCCCUGUAUUUUAGUGACAAUAUGCAAUUAUGAUGGGCAGAUUGGAAUCCAAUAAAG